GUUAUUAUUUGAUAAUUAAUUAAAUUAAUUAAUUGUUUUUUUUAGUGACCCGGAAGUGAUGUCCGAUUCAUUGUCCUCGACGUCGACGUCUUCAUCGGCGGCCAAACGAUACCAAUCGUUACCAUUAAGUCGUGUAAAGACAAUCAUGCGGUCGUCGCCCGACGUAUCGGCCAUUAGUCCGCAGGCCAUCCAAUUGACCGCACAUUCGGCUAAACUAUUGAUAACAUUACUGCUGAAGACAUCGUACGAAACAAAGAUGAAGACAAAGAAGUCGAAGAAUACAGUCCUAAGACGUGAACUAAACUAUAAAGAUUUGGCUACAGUUGUGUCCCAUAAUCGGCGGUUAGAUUUUCUCAAAGAUAUAAUACCCGAAAAGAUUAAAGUCAAACAUUUGGCCACCAAAUCAACCAACAAAAAUGUGGUCAACUUAUAGUUUAAAAUCAAUCAAUGAUUAUCAUUAUCAUCGGUACUUUAGUGGUGACACAAUCUAAUGGCAACUUUAUU